UACACAGGGAAGGGAGGGACAAGGGGUCGGAUACUCCCACCCAGCCCAGGCUGACCGUCUAUUAUUCCCCAUUCCAGAAUCUCCCCUUGCCUCAUCCAGGAGCUUUGUUCUCUGCUAGUCAUGAGGGCACCCAGUCCCAGGGUAGGAGAAUGUUUAUAAAAGCCAAUGGAGCCGGCCCCCUUUCUCCCACUGAGAAACAUCCCCAUGCAACCGAGGGCUGUGCCCGUAGCCCAGACCUUGCCCUUCUCCCUCAGCCAGGCCCUUCAUGAUGCUGGGUUCCGACUGCCUGUCACCAAGAUGGGCACAAGCUGGGGGGUACUCCAGCGAUUCCUGAAGGAGGCGGCUUAUAUCCUUCUCUGCUGCUGGUGUAUUAAGGAGCUGCUAGACUAGCCCAGUGCCUUCUCCAUCUCUGAGCCUGCUUGUGUCUUCUGUGCUUACCUGAGGGUACCAAUAAAUGAGUGAAGUGCAA